CGUGGCUCCAAAUCCCACCAAUCAGCAAGCGCGUGUCUGAUUUCGAAAAUCAACUCUGUCUAUGCUGUGAAAAAUGGAGGAUGUUGCUGUUUAAUAUCAGUUACUGAGGGCCUGGUGAUCUAAGAUUCAUACUUUCAAUAGCUUGUUGUCACACACGUCCUGAUCGCGAGCCAUGGCGAAGGAGCGGACCCAGAAGAAGUCUUUCCAGCAAAGUCUGGAAGACAUCAAGGAGAAGAUGAAGGAGAAGAGGAACAAACGGCUGGCGAGUGUCUCGGCUCCAAGAAAGAGACAAUCCAGAAUAAACAACAGCAGUGGGUCCAACUCCACACACACCAUUCUAAAGGGCGUCCAGCAGAACAACAAAGCGCUGGCUGUAGCCCUGCAAGCUGAGAAGGAGAAGGCCCGGCAAGCCAGCGCUGUCAUCCUGCAGCUCAAGAGGGAGCAACAAGCCCUUUUCCUUCACCUGCUCCUGCUCAAGAAGAAGCUCAAAGAGCAGGAGGCUCUGGCAGCCAGCGCAAAGGCUACACCUACAAGCGUUGUUGACCCCCACUAUCAUGUGGAUUCAGCAAGCAGAAAGCGAACAAGCCAGGACCUUCAGGAGACCAAGGCCUCCCCUGUUUCUGCAGAUCCCCAACCCUCAAAAAUGACCGCACAUCCUCAAUGUGACAAGCAGGUUAUCCUGCCAUCUACAGUAGGCGUAAGGCGUCGUCAUGCACGUAGAAGCAGGAGGAGAUCCGAAUAUGUGCAGAAUCAGGGGACACUGAGCGAGGAUGAAGGGGCUGCAGGCUUCGAGCCUUUGAUAAUCAGCCCUAUUUGCAGCGAGAGCAGAAAUCCGAUUCAGCAGAAUCAAAGAGCAGAACAAGAUUUAGCCCCUGUUGAGACACUCCACUCCACUCCCGAACCCGUUCCACCCAAAAACAUGAGCCAGCAGCAGCCGUGCAAGAAACAGACCCAGAAGCAACCCUGCAUAAAAGAGAAUCCAGCCCCACGUAAGCCAGAGAGAGGUCGCAAAGCAGAGCGCGCUCCUCUAAAAAAACCGUGGGAGAAUCCCAAACCCAGAGCCCGCUCCAAGAGUCGGGACCGAUCGGCAACACGUGCUAAAGCAGCACCUCCGCCACAGGGAAAUACGCUCAACACUUCACUGGGAUUUAAUGACACGUUUGACUUUGACUGUGAAGAGGCAGUUCAUGUCACGCCCUUUAAGGCCAAGGCGGAGGAUGAGCCACUGACCCAGCCCAUUGCUGAAGAGGCUUCACAACAAGAACAGGCUCAACCUGCAGCUUCAGCUGUUGCUUCUGGACAAAACAAAUCCAGCUCAUCAUCACCGUCCUCUGAGUCUGAAGACAGUCUGUAUGUUCCUCAUAAAACCAGGAGGAGGCGGACGUCACCUGACUCCAAGAAGGUGGUGACUACUCGUAGAGGUCGGCCCUCUAGACGGAAGGAAAACCACCUUCCAGAUGUCACUGUUUUUAGAGAUGAGGAGACGAGCACUAAGGCUGCUGAAUCUGAAAAGGAAAAUAAUCAUCAGUUCCCCGAUUCCAUCUUCUCUAGCAGUCCUGCAAGACUGGAAAAAGGAAGUCACCAAGAGCCCCGUGGACACUGUCCGCUCUCUGUCAGCCCCCUGGUUGAAGCUGAGAUGAUCAGAAUAGACAGCGUCUUGUCCACCUUCGCCGGGGAUUCCCCCUGCGACGUGCCUCCUGUUUCACGCCACCAAACGCCUCAGCGAGUCAAGUCGUGCAAGAAACGUGGGCUUGGUGUCAGGGCAGCAGGGCGGGGCUUGAGUCUGUGUGAUGUGACCAAUCUGUCCCCUGCAGCCCAUCGCAGGUUCUCCUCUGAUGCCCGUUGCUCCACCCCGGUUCCCGCUCGCAAGCGGCGCUGCACCAGCACGGUCGACUACAAGGAGCCCUCGCUGAAUGCGAAACUCCGUCGCGGAGACAAGUUCACAGACCUGCAGUUUCUCCACUCUCCUAUUUUCAAGCAAAAGACUGACAGGAGGUCGUCUGUGACAAAAUCAAGGGAUUCUGUGAGCGGCCAUAAGCCACUUGAGAAAUACAAUGAGUCAUUUGUUGGUUGCUGCUGAAAGCAUCCAUGUUUUUCCUGUCUGUGUUGACUGUAUUCUUUUAAAUGAUAUAGCAGGCAAUUAUUUAGUUUUUCUCUUCAAAGGUUUUUAGGUUUUUGUCAAUCUCUUUAGAUUGUUUUUAUCUUUAAAAUUUUAUUUUGUGUCUUGUAAUGUGUGUUAAUAAACAUAUUUGCUACUGUU